AUGGAAAAGCGAGCGACAGGUGAGGCAGCCAUAUCCUACAUGCGGCACCUGCGUGAGCGCGGCGUUGGGCGGGACAAACUAAAAAGACUACUCCGGACCAUUAAAUCGUCCAUUGGUGAAAGCACCUAUAAUUUAUUAUCUACUUCUGGUUCCCAACCCGGUUUAUUGUAUGGUCUACCAAAAGUACACAAACCUAAUAUUCCACUUAGACCCAUUAUUUCUUCUAUUGGCACCUUCAAUUAUAACACUGCUAAAUUUCUGGUUCCCAUCUUGUCACCUUUAACUACCAAUAAGUAUACCAUUGAUAAUGCCACAGCCUUUGCUAAUGAAAUCACAUCCCUUGACCUCAAACAACCCGUCACUAUGGCAAGUUUUGACGUGGAAUCACUGUUCACCAACGUCCCCCUUCUAGAAACCACUGAUAUUAUAACAAACAUAAAAACUACUCAUUUUGACAAUUUUGGUUUAACAAAGGAGAGCUUCAAAAAACUACUUACUAUUGCAGCCCACCACUCUGUAUUUUCAUAUGAUAAUCAUCUAUACGCCCAAACAGACGGUGUAGCAAUGGGCUCCCCACUUGGCCCUCCAUAUGCCAAUGCUUUUCUCUGUCACCACGAACUAAACUGGCUCAAACAAUGCCCACUUGAAUUUAGACCCAUUUACUACCGUCGCAUUUACCGCAAACCAACCUUUACUGGCCUCGGCCUUCAUUUUAUCAGCAAUAUCACUUAUAUUUAUAGAAUCAACAGCAUAAAAACACUCAUCACUAGAGCCUACAAUCUAGCCUACGAGAUGCCUCUUUAA